AUGGCUUUUUUUGUAUUUAGCCCUACAAGAUACUUGGAUGGUAUCUCUGGGUUCUUCCAAGGGGCCUUCCUGCUCAGUCUAUUUAUCGUGUUGCUCAAGGCAGUCCAAUUCUACUUACGAAGGCAGUGGCUGCUCAAGGCCCUCCAGAAUUUCCCAUGCAUGCCUUCCCACUGGCUUUGGGGGCACCAUCUGAAGGACAAGGAGCUCCAGCAAAUUCUUAUGUGGGUAGAGAAAUUCCCAAGUGCCUGCUUACAGUGUCUCUCGGGGAGCAAUAUACGAGUCCUGCUCUAUGACCCUGACUACGUCAAGGUGGUUCUGGGGAGAUCAGAUCCAAAGGCUUCUGGAAUUUAUCAUUUCCUUGCUCCCUGGAUUGGCUAUGGUUUGCUCCUGUUGAAUGGGAAGAAGUGGUUCCAGCAUCGGCGGAUGUUGACUCCAGCCUUCCACUAUGACAUCCUCAAACCCUAUGUCAACAUCAUGGCAGAGUCUGUCAAUACAAUGCUAGACAAAUGGGAGAAGCUUGAUGGCCAGGACCACCCUCUGGAGAUCUUCCACUGUGUCUCAUUGAUGACACUGGACACUAUUAUGAAGUGUGCUUUCAGCUACCAGGGCAGUGUUCAGUUGGAUGAGAAUUCCAAGUCCUAUACUAAGGCUGUUGAGGAUCUAAACAACCUGACUUUCUUUCGUAUGAGGAAUGCCUUUUAUAAGUACAACAUCAUCUAUGAUAUGUCCUCUGAUGGCUUUUUUUCCCACCGUGCCUGCCAGAUUGCUCAUCAGCACACAGAUGGAGUGAUCAAGAUGAGGAAGGCUCAGCUGCAGAAUGAGGAAGAGCUGCAGGAGGCCAGAAAGAAGAGGCACUUGGAUUUCUUGGACAUUCUCUUGUUUGCCAAAAUGGAGGAUAGGAGCAGCUUGUCUGAUGAGGACCUGCGUGCAGAGGUGGACACAUUCAUGUUUGAGGGUCAUGAUACUACAGCCAGUGGAAUUUCCUGGAUUUUCUAUGCUCUGGCCACCCACCCUGAGCACCAACAGAGAUGCAGAGAGGAGGUGCAGAGCAUUCUGGGUGAUGGAACCUCUGUCACAUGGGACCACCUGGGCCAGAUGCCCUACACCACCAUGUGCAUCAAGGAGGCCCUGAGGCUCUAUCCACCAGUAGUAUCUGUGAGUCGAGAGCUCAGCUCACCUGUCACCUUCCCAGAUGGACGUUCCAUACCCAAAGGUAUCACAGCCACAAUUUCCAUUUACGGCCUUCAUCAUAACCCAAGUUUCUGGCCAAACCCAAAGGUGUUUGACCCCUCUAGAUUUGCACCAGAUUCUUCUCACCAUAGCCAUGCUUAUCUGCCAUUCUCAGGAGGAUCAAGGAACUGCAUUGGGAAACAGUUCGCAAUGAACGAGCUGAAGGUGGCUGUGGCCCUGACCCUGCUCCGCUUUGAAUUGCUGCCAGAUCCCACCAGGAUCCCAGUCCCCAUUGCAAGACUUGUGUUGAAGUCCAAGAAUGGGAUCCACCUGUGUCUCAAGAAGCUAAGAUAAUUCUGAUGGAGUCAGGACAGCUCCAGAGGUCUGCGGCCUGCAAUACCUGCGUUUGUCUCUGGCUUAUCUACACAUACUUUGCUUUCUCUUUGAUUUCCAUCCUUCUGCUCUCUGCAAUGUGUCCCAUCAUCUCAUCUUUCUGCCCUCAUUUCUGUAGCUUUUCCUCUAGACGCCUUCCCAACUUGUGCAUAUACCUGUUUCCCAUCUGGCUUUAACUCUGACCAGCCACUGAACCCGCAGCCAGCAGCCUGUCCUCCAGCCUGUUCACCCCUCAUAACCAUUGCACUGACAGAGAAAGAUAUAUUUUAGAGGGAGACACUUGUACCUUUCUCUCCCUUCAGUUAUUAGACUCUUGGGAUAACGGACAUCUUGAAUUAAAAUGUUCUUAGAAAUUACAUGCUGAGAGAGAAUUAACACUAAAAUCUGGUACCAGCCAGAGGAAGGAACUUGACUCAAAAUAAGAGAUUUUUUAGAUAUUUCUGUCUGUCUCAUGGUUAAAAUUAAUGUUUGCCUGCUUUCUGGCACAUGCCUCAUCUUUUCUGUGAAGUAAUAAUACUGAUACAGAAAGGUAGAGAGAAAUGAGUGGUUUUGCUACUUUGGGCAAAACUGUAAAGAAAUCCAUUUUACUUCAUCAAUUUCUGUUUCCCUUUUUCAUUUAAGACACAGGAAAACUACUCAGCAUGAACUUCGGGGAGCCAGAGCAGUUUUGGCGAGUCAGGGAAGCAUGUUGCCAUCUGGUCCCCACUGUUAGAAUGUGGGAGAAUUCUCAGCUCCUGAGAGGUUGUUCUCUGCUUUUGACUCCUGGGCUGGUUGUGUAGAAAUGCAGUUUGGUGUUUUGUGAAGCUAAGUAGUUUUCUGAUUUUAACCUGGUCUUAUUUAUUUAGAGUACUCUGAUUAUUCACUUUACUGAUUUGGAGAAUUCCUGUUAAAAUCACAUGACAUGGA